AUGUCGCCCAACGAGCGCACACCUCUACUCGGCGGGAACCCCCUUCCCUUCUUGAACUCGGAUUUUAUUGGCAACGGCAGCAAUCACAAACAGGAUAUUCAUCAACAGUUUUGUUUGCUUGUCGGUGUGCCGCCAUCGAACGGGCCAAGAGAUGCGCCUAAACCGCCUGGCUUCAAGAGGACGCUGUAUGGCCGCGCGAUACAUAAACGCAAUGCGCAAAAUGCGACAUACCUCUUCACAGCAGCCCUCUCAAACACCCUGCUGCUCACUCAAGUCGUUCUCGGCGCCGCUCUGACAGCACUCGGCGCCUCGGAAAGCUCUCACAUCCUAAUCACCGUCUUCGGCGCGCUGAACACCAUCAUCGCGGGUCUUGUUGCGUAUCUGAAGAGCAGGGGCCAGCCUAUGCGCGCAAGGAUGUUCAGAGAUGAUCUUGAUCGGGUGGUGGAUGAGAUGGAGAACAGUGAGGUGAUGUGGUUGGGGAUCCAGCAGGGCGUGCAUGGGUACGACGAGAUUGCUAUCGAUGAUAGUGUGAGUGUGAGGAGUGAGGUCGCGCGGUUGACGAGGUUGUUGGAUAAGGCUGUAAGGAGCAAUACUAUAAACGACCCGGACAUGUACAUGAACGCUGUUGGCGAAGGCACGAACGCCGCUCUCCGCGCCCGCCCCCCACAACCCCAAAUCAUCUCUGCGCCAGAAUCAUCUCCUAAUGCCAACGGUAACACUUCUGCGCCUGCGAACAGCGCCGCACCUCCCCCAGCAGCAGAUCCGGACGCAAGCCCUGCGACAGCACCGCCCAAGCAGAAGAAUCAGCCGUCGAGCCCGCCACCAGAGCUUGCGGACGAACCGGCUAAGCCAGCUGAGUCGGUCAAGGACGUCCUAGUAUCUCCGCCAACACCUGCGUCUGCGCCAAGUUUAUCGCCUGUGAUUGCUGUGGAUGAGUCGCCGAAGGAGGGUGCGAUUGCUCAACUGAGUGAAAGCGCUGUGGAUGGGGGCUCUGAGGAUGGGGAACCAGCAGGUGAAGAUCUUGAAGCAAUUGUAGCGGAUAGAAGCGAGACGAGCUCGAGCGAAGAUGGACUUGUGAAAAAAGGAGAGGAGAACUUGGAUGGAGUCUAG